AUUGCAGCCAUUUAAGACAGCUAGGGGCUAGAAGUGCAUAUGGUGCUGUAUUGCAAGGACAUCAAUCACCACGAUAAAAGUACAAAGUGUCUGACAAAAGAAUAAGUCUGCUAGGUCCGGAUCAUUAUGCUCCCCCCUUUCCCCUUCCUUCAUAUUCUUGGAGAGUCCGCUUCCAGUUGCUGCGCUGGCAUCUGGCGCACAGCUGGACCAGCGACUCCCACACGUGUCACGUGACCAGUGAAAUGAAUACGGUUAAAAUGCUGUCUUGCCAAUUUUGCACGUUUUUCAAAAAGUUAACUUUACCUUACUGAGCCUCCCUCCAUACACUAUGUAUUUUUCUCUCUCCAUUUUAAACUUCGUUUUUGUUGGACCCCAGCACUGUCAGAGACUGCAGUUUUCAUACAGAAACCAGAUGUUCCCGGGUUUGGCAGUUGCGCUAUAAAUCUCUUUGGUGACUUUCAUAUGUUGUGACUACUGGGAGAUGAUCUGUUCUGUUCCUUUGAGGGGGCGUGUCUGCUACAGGAAAAGGACUACAGCCUGCUGAAGAGAUGGAAUGGAAUGAAUUUUGCGGACUAAAGGGAAAACCCCUCUGAGAUACUGGAGUAGAAACAUAAGGACUGCAGAGUGUUGGGUUACGGAGCAUUAUCCAGCAGGACCUCAGGGUCCCCCAGAAAACCUCUCGGGAAUUGCUCUUGCAUGGGUGAUCACUAUUGUGAACUCUUCACAGGAUGCUGUAUGGAGCUUUCUGAUCUCAGAGAUACUGAGGAAGAGGAAAAUACAAAUUAAUGGGAAAAGAGUUGUACAUUAAAUCAGCCUGUGAAGGGAAAUAGGUUCAGUGGGACACAAUGAGGAGAAUUCACAUAAAAGGAGAUGUUCUGUGCACCCUAAUCAUGUUGGGGCUACUCUGUCUGCUGUUGUAUGCCCACCAAUGCUUCACUCCCACCUGGGACACUUGGCACUUAGAGCAGGGCUCUACAAGCUCCCGUGCUCUUCUAGGGGCUCUACCAGAGAGCCAUGUGACUAAACUGGUCCCCUCUACGCACCCAGAUAAGACAAAGUGCCAGUCUGAGCCUCAGUCACAUCCGAAGUACAAACUUCAGUCUAAAUCCAAACCUAAGACCAAGACCAAAUCUAGAUCCAAGUCAAAGAAAGAUGAGGGGACAAAGAAGGUUGCUCCAACAAAGGCUGCUCCUGUUUUACCCACACAACCACCUUUUGACUUUGAAGGUUACCUAAGAGAUAAGGACAACCGGGACUUCAGACUGCUGAUAGACCAGCCAGGGAAGUGCUCAGGUGAGCUCUACAUGCUCAUUACUAUCAAGUCCGUAGCAGCAGACUUUGAAAGGAGGCAGGUAGUGCGGCACACCUGGGGAAGAGAGGGUGUUCUCCAGGAUGGGCAGACAGUGAAGACUGUAUUCCUCCUUGGGGUACCCAGGAACAAGACAGCCCUUCCUUUAUGGGACCGGCUCCUUGCCUAUGAGAGCCACACCUUUGGGGACAUUCUCCUCUGGGACUUUGAUGACACAUUUUUCAACUUGACACUUAAAGAGACCCACUUCCUCCAGUGGGUGAAUGGCAGCUGCUCCAAUGUCCAGUUUAUCUUCAAAGGUGAUGCGGAUGUCUACGUGAAUAUAGACAACAUUUUGCAGAUGCUGAAGGGUCAGAAGCCUGACAAGGACCUCUUUGUGGGUGACAUCAUCCACCACGCCCGCCCCAUCCGCCGGCGCAGCAGCAAGUACUUUGUGCCUGAGUUUGUGUACGGCCAGACGAUGUAUCCGUCAUAUGCAGGAGGGGGAGGCUUUGUGAUGUCCGGUCACACCGCCAGGCGGCUGAGUGGAGCGUGUCAGCAGGUAGAAUUAUUCCCCAUCGACGAUGUGUUCUUAGGCAUGUGCUUAAAGAGAAUCGGAGUCAAACCGUCACGCCAUGAAGGUUUCCGUACUUUUGGAAUUGUGCGCCCCUCUGCUGCUCCCCACCUCCAGGUGUUUGACCCUUGUUUCUACAGGGAGCUGAUGGUGGUACACAGCCUGACAGUGCCACAGAUCUGGCUCAUGUGGAACCUGCUGCAUGACCCCCAACUGAGCUGUCACAGUAACCUGGCCCCCACCCCAUGGCCCUUUAAGUGGAGGGGCAAGGUACUCGGGACAACAGGACAGGACUCCGAGACUACAGUGGAACAGGACUAUGAUGUUACAGUGUUUGUAAAGCAUUGAGGGCUUUGUGUUAUGUCGAUUAGAGGGACUACACUGUGAAAGAGCCAUUGGGAUAUGGAAGCUGUGAUUGAAUGUUUGGUACAGUUAUUUUUAGGUAACACAGUGGUUUUUGCUUAACAGUUUACAGCCAUGGUAAAUGUGCAUUGUCUCUAGGAAACAGUUUUUUUUCCUUAUCUUUUUCUUGGAAAAAUCCUGGAUGUAAAACCAGUUGGUAAAUUUACUGUGGUGGUAAUGUUUUAAAAACACCCCUGCUCAAUUUAGGUACAGUAUGACUUACUUUGUUUAGUUUAUUGCACAGAGCCUCAAUAAGGUCAAUAUAGAUUGAAACAUGUGCCAGGUUGAUUUUGUGCAGUAGAAUAUACAGUUCAGCGUUGUAAAUGAAGUAUCUUUGGGUGCGUUCGUAAAUUCACUCUGGCUAUCUACUCCGAUUUCAGAGCACUCUUGUCUGAGUGUGUCAGAGCGCAGAAUAACUGGUGAAUUUACGAAUACUCAACACCCGUUGAAUAUGGCCGGCGUCAGUAAACGUCGGCAAAAAUGUAAUUAGAUUGUUUCCAGCAGCACAGUUACAGUCACCUACACUCUGGAUAGUUCUGCUAGAGCGAGUAAAAUGGUUAGAGUGAGGUGUUCUCUAAUUUGUGUCUGAAAGUAGCUAGCAAGCUCUGAAGCGCCACGCUCUGAAUUUACGAACGGACAAUCUGACAACGCUCUGAAUUUACGAAUCCAGAUUGAAUUUACGAACACACCCUUUGUGUGUGAUUACACAUCAGAUGAUACAUGUAGGUAGACUUGAAUCUGAAAUGAAGGGAGACAAACUCAAUGCAUCAACUGUAGCUGUGGCAGGAAGUCCCCAAUGGACCUCAUUAUAUAUAUCCUGAACAAAAAUAUAAAUGCAACAAUUUCAAAGAAAUGUUGUCCCACUCCUCUUCAAUGGCUGUGCGAAGUUGCUGGUAUCUUUGCAUUCAAAUUGCCAUUGAUAAAUGCAAUUGUGUUUGUUGUCUGUAGCUUAUGCCUGCCCAAAUCAUAACCCCAUCGCCACCAGGGGGCACUCUGCUCACAAUGUUGACAUCAGCAAACCACUCACCAACACAACGCCAUAAAUGUGGUCUGCGAUUGUAAGGCCGGUUGGACGUACUGCCAAAUUCUCUAAAACGAUGUUGGAGGCGGCUUAUGAUAGAGAAAUUAACAUUCAAUUAUCUGGCAACAGCUCUGGUGGACAUUGCUGCAGUCAGCAUGCCAAUUGCGCACUCCCUCAAAACUUGAGACAUCUGUGGCAUUGUGUUGUGUGGCAAAACUUUACACUGGCCUUUUUAUUGGCACCAGCACAAGGUGCACCUGUGUAAUGAUCAUGCUGUUUAAUCAGCUUCUUGAUGUGCCACACCUGUCAGGUGGAUGGAUUAUCUUGGCAAAGGAGAAAUGCUCACUAACAGGGGUAUAAACAAAUUUGUGCACAACAUUUUAGAGAAAUAAGCUGUUUCUGCAUAUGGAACAUUUCUGGGAUCUUAUAUUUCAGCUCAUGAAACAUGGGACCAACACUUUACAUGUUGCAUUUAUAUUUUUGUUCAGUGUAGUUCCAGAAAUCUUUCUUAGAAACUUUCCAACAGAGGUACAGUUUUCAUAUUCAUGAAUGUUAUGUGCACAGCACCUACUUUUUUAGUUCACAAUUAGCUACACUGAAGAUGACAAUCACCAAGCAACAAACCAAAGCCCAGAGUAAACCCUGAACAGUUGAGUGUGGUGUGCUUUCAUUUACAAUACUUCUGAUAAUCAGAAUCCUUACAUGCUGUUUCUUUUUAAACUUGUUAUGUUCAGCUAUACCUCCAACUGUAGUCCAAAUGCUGUAAGUAGACGACAUGCUGUUGAUAUCAAAAUGUAAAGCAAUCAGUUAACACUGAAAUUGUCCCUGGUGGAAAACAUGUGCAUGUACUGCUUUUUUGUUCUUUAAAAAGAAAAAAAUACAGCUCAAGACUUUUGUCAUAUUUAUUACAUCAACAUUUUCAUAUCCUUUUUGUACACACAGUAACAGGAUUUUUUUUAAAUGAACAAAAUUCAGAAUGAGCAAUUUUAUCAAAUUCAAAUGUUGAGUUUGACAGUAGAUUCUAUGAGGAGCUCAUCUUAAUCACAGCAUUCCUGCAUCAUUCAGGAGCAUUGUGCAAGCUUUAAGCAGACCGUUCUGAUUCACCGUAGCAACAGUUAUUGCUUUUUAUGACAUGCUUGAUAAUGUUGAUCUACAUGUUCUUUAUUGUACAGAAGUAACGUUAUCCAAAAUAUGACACCAGAUUCCAAUUCAUUUGAUUCACAUGUUGAAUUAAGGAUAACUCCCAUUUCCAGAACUGGGUUAAAUUGACUGAAUCCACCUAAAAUAACUACUUUGGGGAAUGGGGAUAAAACAUACAAUAUAAAGGGAGACAAUACAUAGCAUUAAUAGAGUAUUAAACUCAACUGAAGUUGUUCAUUUAUAAUUACAGUCUUAAUUACAGUCAUUAAUUCAAUCCAAUGCAAAAAUAGGAUCAAUUGAGAGGAAAUAAAACAGGCAAAGCCAACAGCUGAAAAGGAAGCAUUCCCUUUCUCCUGGCAUUUAAAACAAGAUCUAUGUCCACCUGAGAUUGGGCUAACACAGCCCAGCUCAUGCUCAGCAGUAACAUUCCAGUAACGUUACCACAACAUCAGUUGUGUUGCAUUUGUUUGCUCGCUAAUAUAAAUGCAAACUCAUCUACAGUGAGUUAUAUCAGAUGCAACAAAUGUACCCGGCCGGGAUUGCAUUGCAUUGUAUUGGAACUCCAACAACCAGUGUGUGUAGCUCAGGUCAUGAAGGGUUGGCCGGUGGUGACGGUCAGACUGAUGUUAAAACCAUAGUCUUGCUAUGAGAUGUUCAGUGAUAUACAUGUUUCUGUGUCCAGCAACUAGAACAAACCAAAACAAUGUAUUGUGUAUUGUGCAAAUCUUCCAAUCAGAACACCAGGGGUUGUUGAGAUGAGGAUUAGCCCUUCAUGACUGAGCUCAGGACCUGCACUGUACAUCAAGUCUUUAUUCUACAAUUUGUCAUGUUUUUCUUGGAGCAAGAGGGAAAUGAUGGCGUAUGGGUGACACUCAGUUGAUCAUGUUAGCUCAUCAUGCUCAGUCAUACUCAAUGCUGUUCAAUAGUUUCAUUUACAGAAAGAAGUCAAGACAGGCUUGGUGGGAAAUGAGGCACAACGUUAACAAAGGAUUGUAGCUUUUUUGUUGUUGUAUACUACUUGAACAAAGCAAAGGGGUAUAAUUUUAACAACAACAGCAGUACAGGCUUUUUUCAUCGCAACUCAUGAAACAAGUCAAUGUAACAGAAUAAACAAUGCCCAUGUAAUACGCCUGCAUCACACGCUGCAAAGAUGAGGGCUGGUCUGAGUGGGGCUGACAGGCAAACCAGCCACCUGUGACAGAACAACAACACGAACAAUACCUCUGUUCUAGCACCAGUACAUGAUCAACC